AUGAAUGCCCAAUUUGGACGAAUAAGUCCGGAAGAAGCGCAGUUAGGUGGUCGCCUUGGAGUCGAUGCUGAGCGUACGGAUAAUGGGGAGCGGCUUCUUCAGUUGCGUGCAGAUCAUCGUUUGUUCCUGGCCAUAUCUGAAGAGUAUCGAGCUGAUCUGGCUAGAAAGCUACGUAAAACGCACAGUCGUGUAGACGACGAAGAUAACUUGGAGGAUGAGUGGAGGCUGUUGAAAAUGAAGCGAUCAUGUCCAGUCUUGAGACCUUGUUUGGCUCCGCGUCGGGACUUCCAGCUUGUCAGAAAGUCCUUGGGCAUCAGGUUGGAAAGCGAUGACCAAGUCGAUGACUACAUGGAAGAUGAGGUAUUCCCUUCCGGGUUUAAUAAUUCUGCAUCCACAAAAAGAAUCGAACCCGCCGUCUUUGAGGAGUAUGGUGAUUCCAAUAAUGUCCGGAUACCGAAUGGCGCCGUACAUCACGAGAAAUUGACGAAGGGAAAGCAGAAAAUCCCAAUUAAGUUUAUUCGGGAAAGAGCUAGGCGUCAUUCCACUUUUUCAAAACGCAAGACUGGAAUGAUGAAGAAGGCAGUAGAACUGGCAGAACUCACUGGUGCAGAGGUACUUCUCCUAAUUGCGUCCGAAACCAAUCACGUCUACGCUUACGCGACGAAACGGCUGCGUGGUAUCAUCGAUCUCGAUUGUGGAAAGGAAUUAAUCAAAGCAUGUCUUAGUUCGGAUUCCGAUGCUAAGGAAUCAGAACUUAGUCCAGUUGGUGUAGAUCCUACGGAACACAUGCUUCCUGAGAUGGUAAUCGGGACCACCGGCACAGAAGUCGGGGAGAACAUGCAGCAAGACUUGUCCGGCACUCAAGAAAACAUAUCCCAUAUUCCAACCCCUAUUCCUGCAUCUACGGAUGACGUCAGUCCGUGUAUUGAACAGUCAGGAGGAGACGCUUCUGUGAGAGACUCAGUGGAAGCACCAGAGACAGAUUCAGGAGUAGGUUUGAACAACGUUCUACCCGUCCCUCAAACUCCAACCUCGAAUAUUUCUGUCUCAGUCGCAACUCCCGCCGAGGAAUCUUCUAUGAACUGUUCCAGUAACUGCAACCAAAACGCCUUACAGUGUCAACCUCAGAUAAAUUUUCUCAGUUCCGUGCUCAACUCAGCCAACGCUGGACUCAGUCAACUUGUUCUUCUUCCACAAACCCUUUCAAACUCCUUAAUCGCCGUGCAGAACUUGAAUUCCAUAAUCUGUGCUCCCCUCUCGGUCCCCCUCCACACCAAUAUCAAUGGGCUUAGUGUAAUGUUGCCCACACCUUCAUUCCCGGUUGUAAUUGCGAACUCCCGACCCACUUUGAAUGGCGAGCCGGGUUCGCAAUCGACUGACCAACCGUCCCUGAGUUCCCGGGAAAAGGACCGUACAAAAACCAGAAUCAGAAAGCGUGCAUCAACCCUUUUGCUCCCCCCAAAACGAUGA